ACCAUACCUGGUUUUGGGAUUGUCCUGCUGAGACAUCUUCAAGUGUCAUCCGUCAUGAAGGCUGUGCUUUCUCUCGUCGUGUUCUGCGUUGCUCUGGCCGUGGCCACCGCCGGUUUCGGUCACGGAGGAUUUGGCGGAGGAUUCGGUCGAGGCUUCGGCGGCUACGGCGGCGGUCUUGGCGGUUUCGGCGGUGGUUUGGGACACGGAUACGGAGGCGGCUACGGAGGAAGUUACGGCGGAUCUUACGGUGGAAGCUACGGUGGAUCUUACGGCGGCCGCUACGGUGGAUUCGGAGGUGGCUUCUACGGCUAACUUCUACGCCUUGCCCAGACCCCACACAGCAAAGUGUACAGUUUGGUUGGAAUACCGUAUCAAGAAAUCAAAACUGGAAAGCAAGAAGAUUGUGUGCAUACGAUGCGAAUGCUCAUAUAUUUUCAGCUCAAAAAAUAAUAAAAAAAACUUCGUAAAUACUGGUACA